GGUAACACACCUCCGGUUUCGUCGUCGGGGCUUGACAUCCACGGUCGCCGUCGUCGUCGUGUCGUGGGUGAGAGAGAAAGUUUUCCCUUCAGUGAGAGUGAUUUUCCGUCGGCCGUCGUAAAUUAGCCGUUCCUCGUUUUGUUGUUAUUUCUUGUGUAUUUUUCUCCGCCAGCUUUUACUACGGCCAGUGGGGUUGCAAUUUACUCGAACGGGAGAACCUCAACCCAGUCCGAGCACCGACUACUACCACAUGGAAACAGAAACUCUUGCUGUUGUUGGUAGUAGCUUGCAUACACACGAGCGAGUGUAAGGAGACCGCGAUGAAGUCAGUCGCAUCAGCUGAGCAGAAGGUCCCCCUGGCGGCGCUGCGGUGGAGGAGGAUGGUGAUCCGUGUUCGUUGAAGUUCAUGUUACGUGAAUGUUAUAUUUAUUGGCUCAAUCAACAUUCCAUCGGUGGACCUCAACUCGUUCUGCACCUGCACCUGCCUGCAACCUUCCCUAUCCAAAAGCAUAAGCAUUAAUAAUAAUUUCUAUAUUAUAUUUAAUCAAUUAUAAUUAUGUUCAAUCUAUCACCAAACAUGACACGUAGCCAAAAUGAAUGAAGCCAGAGAAGCCGCUCCGGGUCAUCAGUUCUUUGUGUUCCCGUCGUUGAACUCUUUGCCCUCUACAACGCACGGUAUACGCAUCUACAAUGCGACCCUGUGGAUACGGCUGGAACUAAAGGUAAAACACGCGGACAACUAUUGGGCCUCGUACGGAAACAAGAAUCUUAUACUUUGGGUGUUUCGUCUGAUAAGCGGAUCCAAGAAUGUGCUCAACGAUGAAGAGGAAUUCACGAAACACACGGCCAUGGUGGCCAAACAUACAAUAUCGGUGGAAAAGCUGGGAUGGCAAGAGAUAGACGUCACAAAUGCUGUCCGAGCAUGGCACUCGGAGAAAACCAACGACAGUCUGCGGUUGUUUGUGGAUUGCUCAGGUUGUGGAAAUAAAAUCACCAUCCAUCUGUUCGACGAGAAUCAAAACAAGAACAAGGAAUCGUUCCUGAAGGCGCAAAAGAUAAACCCCAAGAAGAAACCGGAAAAUUUUAUCGAUUACAAUAGGCCUUACCUUUACGUGAGCCUUGCGACAAACCAUGUGAAGCGUCUGCGGAGACGUGCUCUGGAUUGUACCGGUGCCCCGAACGAGCAGUGUUGCAAGCAGAAGUUCUACGUGGACUUCAAGGCGCUCAAGUGGGACGACUGGAUCAUACGACCUCACGGGUACUUCGCCAACUACUGCAAAGGGAGUUGCCUGCUGCCGGACAAGUUUUCAGCGGAAUACCAAUACGUGGUGGACGAAUACCGACGGCAGGGUCAACUUACAGGAAUCCACCAAUGCUGUGCACCGACCAAGUACUCACCAAUGUCCCUCAUUUUCUACGGACCAGACUCUCGCGUCAUCAAGCAGGACCUUUCGAAGAUGAUUGUAGAAGAAUGCGGUUGUCCAUAAUAAGUUCAGUUUACAGUUUGUCUUGAUUGUUUAAGCUUUUUACUAGUUAAACUCAUCUGUAUGCUACAUAUUUACAGUUAUGUAAACCAAACUUAACAGAAUCUCAUGGAAAUAAAAUUUCGAUUUUGCAUCUUAUGCCUCUAACUAAACUGAA